AUGCAGGUCGUCUCCAGCUUCGAUUUCCAGUCUUCUCCAUUCUCACACAGCGCCGGAGAGAUCCUCAUUUCUCCAGUAGACCGCCGUGAAGAAUCUUUCGCUCAGUUCACCGACGCGCUUGAAAGCGCGUGUGAAGACUCGACUAGCUCCGCCGCUGUGAAAGUGCAGAAGGUUUACAGGAGUUAUCGCACGCGCCGGAGAUUAGCGGACUCUGUAGUUAUCGCUGAAGAGCUCUGGUGGCAAGCAAUGGAUUUUGCGAGGCUAUGUCACAGUACGAUUUCGUUUUUCGAUUACACGAGACCUGAAACUGCUGCUUCCAGAUGGAAUCGUGUGAGCUUGAAUGCUUCUAAGGUGGGGAAGGGCCUGUCAGUAGUAGAGAAAGCCCAAAAACUGGCGUUCCAACAUUGGAUUGAAGCUAUUGAUCCGAGACACCGGUAUGGACACAACCUACAUGUGUACUAUGAAGAAUGGUGUAAAGCUGAUGCUGGUCAGCCUUUUUUCUACUGGUUGGAUGUAGGAGAAGGGAAAGAUUUGGAUCUUAAUAAAUGUCCAAGGUCUAAGCUUAAGCAGGAAUGCAUCAGAUAUCUUGGACCUCAAGAGAGGGAAGAGUAUGAGUAUGUGAUCAUCGAAGGGAAGAUUGUUCAUAAGUUAACCGGAAAGUUUCUACACACCAUGCACGGAUCUGAAGGAACAAAAUGGAUCUUUGUUAUGAGCACUUUCAACAAACUCUAUGCCGGUCUGAAAAAGAAAGGAAGGUUCCAUCACUCUAGCUUUUUGGCCGGAGGAGCAACUUUAGCCGCCGGGAGGGUUGUUGUUGACAAUGGAGUUCUCAAGACAAUCUCUGCUUACAGCGGACAUUACAGGCCAUCAGAUGAUAGCCUGGAAACAUUUCUCUCCUUUCUCCGAGAGAACGCAGUGAGCCUUGACGGUGUUGAGGUGCACAAAGCUAGUGAAGACUCGGACAACUACGAUGAGUACUUUAAAGCCAAUGCAGAUGGAUCCAAAUCUUUGAAGAAAGAGUAUGCAACAUCCAAGCCAGAGGAGGCUGAGUCGGAUAUCAAUGGGAACGGGACGACUGAGGAGACGAAACGGAGCACUUACCAGAGGACGCUCUCAGGUGGGCUUGAGAGUCCAAAAUCUGACGUUCCACAGAAAGCAAUACUACAAAGGAUCAACUCGAAGAAACAGUCCAAAUCCUACCAGCUAGGUCAUCAGUUGAUGCUGAAAUGGUCGACCGGAGCUGGUCCAAGGAUCGGUUGUGCAGCUGAUUAUCCGGUUGAGCUCAGAACACAGGCUUUGGAGUUUGUUAACUUGUCGCCUAGGUACCGGAGCAGCACACUGUCUCCGACCGGGAAGCUUGAUGUCUGA